AAAAGUAUCUAUAAUAAAAUAAAUAUAAAAAAUUUGUCUUUCCAGGGGGAAUUAUGCAAACUGAGCAAGUGCCUCGCGCACAUACUACUGGAAUAGGCGUAGAUGGCUCGUUGACGGACAGCUCGCCUUAUCAGCAGCACUCUCCACUUCUGCAGAGUCCCCUGCCAGUAGUGGCUCCAAUGGCGGUCAAGCAGGAGCCGAAGGAAGACGAGGAGCGUCGGAAGAGCUGUAAAAACACCAGCGUCCUGGGGAUGUCAAGAUCGGGCUCUAAUGAGGCACUUACCAGUCAGCAAGACCCGAAAGCCAGUCCGCUCGCAGAAAUUACUUCUGUAACUCAUCUCCAUCAUGCCGGUCACGAUAGUGCCCCUCCGCAGCCGGAGUCUGGCUCCGCCGAGCGGGCCAAUCAGGACAAAGACGCCAGGUCCAGGACCAGCCGAGGCCGAAGAAAAUCCCGCUGGAAGUUAAAAUUCCACCACCAAGCAUUACCCCCCGAGUACCUGGACCACUACGAAGCGGCUCUGGCGCAAGAAGCCCUGAACUCGCCUCUCCCAGGCCCGGAAUCUCUAAUCCAAAGUCCCGCGACUCCAGCCACAUCUACAUCGACUCCAACUCCCAGCCCGGCUUCACCGGAGGUCCAAGGGUGGCUGCAGAGAAUCGCCGCCAUGCAGCAAGAACUCUGCCCCCGACAGCCUCUGACUUGCCCGGAGCUCCACCCGAACCUAAGGAGAUCCGUCAUUACUUCUCAUCCCUACUCUCAGCAUCUCAAUGACACCAACAAUAAUAAUAACAACAACAACAACAAUAACAAUAACAACAACAACAAUAAUAACAAUAAUCAUUACCAGCCAGUGGCAGCUCAAUCUACAAGACCUCCCAUGAAGUACUCAGACUUGCCAUACAUGGGGGAGAUUACCUUGGAGAACAGCAAACCUCGGAGGGGAAGAAAACCUAAGAAGGCUGAUAUUUGUCACCUUAUUUAUAAAAAUUAUGGAACUAUUCUUCCUGGUACGCCUGGACAUGAUGAUAAAAAAAAUUAUUCUUCUAAUGAUAAUUUUAAUAAUAAUAAUAAUAAUAAUAAUCUUAACAACAAUAAUGACAACAAUAAUUUAAAUAGUAAUAGUAAUAGCAAUAAUAACAAUAAUAACAAUAAUAAUAAUAAUAAUAAUAAUAAUAAUAAUAAUAAUAAUAAUAAUAAUAAUAAUAAUAAUAACGUACCAACAACUCCUCAAGUUCCACUUCAACGAACAGACAUCCAAAACAGAAUAAGUAGCUUAUUAGAAAAACGACUUACUCAAGAACGUCGAUUAGCUGCAACAGAAGAAGAACGUGAACAAGAUGAACCACUUAAUUUGUGUAUAAAAGAUUUAAACCAAUUAAAGAUAAGAUUAUCAAAAAAACACGGUGUCUAUGAAUCCGGUGUUAUUAAAAGUGAAACUUGCAGUGAAGAUGGUGAAGAAAUAGAGUGUCUUGGACUUUCCAAAACUCGACUCGGUUCUGGGAACAAUGAUAGUUCUAAUAGUAAUAAUGAUAAAAAUGUAGUAUACUGGCCUAACGGAGUGUUCAUAAACCCAAUGGCGCUGCAGUCGCAGUUCUUGUACUACCAGAAGAUGGGCGAGAACAUGCCGGAACAGAAGGAACAGAAGAUAGUUCCAAAAGCGGCGAUAUCUUCAUCCUCCUCUUCGUCUUCAUCGUCUUCUUCGCCGACGAGCCCGGUAUCUGCGAUGGUUCCUGCGGCUGUUCCAGUGUCGCCAAGAACGAAGCGGAUCGCGCCGCUGACGCACCAGCAGCCGACCAAGCGGAAGCGCUCGGCAAUCUUCAUUCCGCCGAUGCCGACCGAGAACACGAACAACCCCGCGACAGAGGUCAGCAUUUGUAAAUUUAAGUUCACCGGCGGCGCCAAGCCUAGCUUGCAGGAGAAGAAGAGCCUGAGCGUGGACUCUGGCGGGAACUUCAGGUACUACAGUGGAACCGGGGACAAAAGUAUGAGAGGUUAUGAGUUCUUUCCGAGGGAGUCGCUGCAGCAAGCCAGCGGAUCGGCGGCUGGGACGUUUCUGAGCGCCGCUGGGGAGAAAAUUUCUGCUCCGGUGCCAAUGGAUCCUGGAUCUUCGCCGUCCAGGGUGAGCCAGAACCAGAACCAGAUUCAUCAGCACCCUGAUGAUGUUCGCAAGAAGAGGAAAACUCGCAAGUCUCUCCAGAGGGAGAAGUUAGAGCAGACUUUCAAGGAGAAGGGCUUUUUGAUUCAGACUCAGCAGCUAGAGUCUGCGGAGGGCGCCACCUACUGCAAGUUCCGGCAGCUCAGGAAGUUCACCAGGUAUCUGUUCCGCAGCUGGAAGGACUACUUGCCUGGAAAUGUCAGAGAUCUGAGCGGCGUCAAUCCUGGAACCGGGGAAAUUGAGCUGCCGGAGAAUGAAGAAAUGGAUAAUUCUAUUUCUCCGCUGCCUCUUGUUCAGGGGAUGGAUGUUCACAGUCCUGAACAACAUCCUCAGAUUUCGUGA